AUGUUCGCGGGAGCGGAACUGAGGCCCGUUUUAAUCUCGCUAAUGGACGAGCGGUUCGGGGGCCGUGACCGAGGGAAGGGUUUCUCACUUCAAGAUGCCCUAGAGAUUGCCUAUAGUGAUAAUAUAGACGAAAUAUUUAUUGAACCACCCGAUUCGGACGUUCUGACAGACGUAGACUCCGGGGAUAAAGAUGGUAGUGGAUUUAUUGACAAUUUAUCUGGCAGACAACUUAGAGGUCAAGCCGAAGUAAAACUCCUGGACAACACCAGAGUUGGUGGGUGCAGUUCUGAUGAUUUGUCGCGAAGUCUUGGAUCACUUCAUGCUUCACCGAAACAUAGGUCUCCUUCGCCAUCACAAAACAAAGCACCUUCGAUAACACAAAUUACUGUUGAUGUAGAGGACUUUGACUGGGUUCAAAGAGAUUUGCAACCAAAUCACCAAAUUUUUCCAACAUGUGACUUCAAGCCAUAUCAACAUUUAAGUCCCGUGGAAUUAUUAGAAUUGUUUAUCCAUGAUGACAUCAUACAUAUGAUGAUCGAGGAAACGUCCAGGUAUGCCUUAUUCAAAAACCGUCCGGACCCUAAAGUAUCUGUAGGAGAAAUGAAAUGCUACAUUGGCUUUCUUAUUAUUAGUGGGUAUAUUGAUUUACCAGGAAAAAGGUUUUACUGGGACUCAAAUAAUGACAUGAGAAAUGAACUGGUUUACAUGUCUAUGCGCAGGGACCGGUUUUUGCAAAUUUCGCGUUUUAUUCACUUCGCUGCUAAUUGUAAACCAGAGCUGUCUGAUAAAGUGUGGAAAAUGCGUCCACUAAUGGACAAGAUCAAGGAAAACUUUUUAGCUUAUUUUGAGCCUGAAGAGCAUCUAUGUUACGACGAAUCUAUGAUUCGAUACUUCGGAAAACACAGCUGCAAGCAGUUUUUUCGAGUGUUGGCAAGUCAACAGCGGCAACAUCGACAAGCAGCAGCGAGUGCAUGGUCAGCCGCCGUGAUGCUCUCUCUGCCACCGACCGCCGAAACGAUCGUGUUAACCGCGUUAUAA